AAUGUGAUUGAUGCAGGCAGUCCCACAGACGACAGAGGCGGUGCGCGCUCUGUCACAGAGUGGGCGCGGGCCUACGUAGGAAAUUCGGCGCGCGAAAGCUGUAGCGGCAGGAAGUGAGAGUAGCACGGUAGCCAGUGUAGUAUUUGGAUCUAACAAACUACUUCCACAAUCUACCAACAUCUACAAUAAUAUGGCAGACCCGAAGGAACAGGAAGACCAUGACAACACUACUGAGGACUCCAACCAUGAUCCCCACUUUGAGCCCAUCGUCUCCCUUCCUGAGCAGGAUGUGAAGACAUUAGAAGAGGACGAGGAGGAACUCUUUAAAAUGCGGGCUAAACUAUAUCGUUUUGCCUCUGAGAACGACCCACCUGAGUGGAAGGAGAGAGGAACUGGUGACGUCAAGCUGCUGAAACACAAAGAGAAGGGCACAAUCCGCCUCCUGAUGAGGAGAGAUCGAACCCUGAAGAUUUGUGCCAAUCACCACAUUACCCCUGCAAUGGAACUGAAGCCCAACACUGGCAGUGACAGGGCAUGGGUGUGGAACACACUAGCAGACUAUGCUGAUGAAUGCCCUAAACCGGAGCUCCUGGCAAUACGUUUUUUAAACGCAGAAAAUGCUCAGAAGUUUAAGGGGAAGUUUGAUGAGUGCAAGGAGGAGGUCAGAAAACAUCUAGAGGGGACAGGCAACACUGAUAGUGCAAAUAAAGUGGCAGAGAAACUGGAGGAGCUGUCCGUAAAAGACAAGGCUUCAGAAGGAAAGAAGGAAGAGGAAAAAGGGGAGCCUGAGAAAAAAGAAGAUGAGAAAAAGGAAGUGGACGCUGAGAAGAAUUGAGAACCAAGAACUUGCUUUGCAGAUCUUCAGUUUAUCAGUUUUUCCUCUUUUUCUACAAUAGACUGUAAAUGAACUGAAUUUGGACACUUGCAUAUUAUUAGUUUUUUUUAUUUUAUUAUCUGUUUUGCCUCAAGAUCACAAGUCCUUGAUGCCACUGGGGGGGAAAAAAUUUACAGGAUAGUGAAUUUAUGACAAAAAGAAACCCCUUCCCUUGCACCAUUUCCCUCUGCACCAUGGAAUGCCACGCCUUCCCUCCUUGUCAUCUACAGUUGUUACUUUGUUACUUUUGACAAACUGUGAAAAGAGGCUUGUGAUAGUGAUAAUUCCCACAUUGGGGUAUUUCUUGUUUUGUUAUUCUGAAGCAGUUUGUAGGGAGAGAGAAAUAUGUAGCCUGCUGGUUAGCAGCACAGGGUCCAGGCAUUAUGGCGGUGCGUUAUCAAUGUAAAAUUCCACAAUGCAUCUCAGUGGGCCUCCUUACCCUGUCCACUGUCCAUGCUUCCAUGGUUCGAAAGUGCAAGUAAGGUGAAGAGGUGAAAACUUCUCAGUGGAUUCCUUGUAGGAUUUUUUUUUUUUCCUUGAUUCCUUCUUUCUUCAGUUCUGUUGGGAACUGAUUGGAAGAAGAAUCCACUCCAGACAGUUGAAGGGCAUUGAGAUGAGUGCUGCAGAUUGUAGCAUCAACUGAUAGCUGGCUGAAAAGAGAUCAGAUGCACUUAGCUAAGCAUUUUGUUUUGUUUUUUUUUUCUUUUAAAUAUUCAAACACCAUUAUGUCCAAAGUCAACGGUUCAUCAGAGCUGGGUGCAUCUACCCUCUGACUCGAGUUCCUCACCAGGACAUUGUUUGUAUUCUUUAGAUCAUAACAUUCCCAGACUUAAAGCAUGUAGAGUAUAUGAAACGGAGUGCUCUAACUGAUCAGUGUGCUCACCACCCUGUCCGUUACUUUCCACUAAUUGAGUUCUUAACCUUAGCUCUAAAGCGCACAUCUAAAUGCCAGUGCAUCUGUAAAUACAUGUAUAUGGAUGAAAUGUUGCUUUUCAUUUGCAUUCAGAUGAUCUGAAAUGUUUCCUCCACCUUCCAAUAAAAGCUGUCAAAGACCA